AUGUCACAGUACAUCCAUAGAACCAAAGUCAUCGAGGGUCUGAGGGAAACCUCGAGGAGCGCGGGCCGGCAUACCGGACAGAGUGCAGGCUGGCAAGCCAACCCACACUCGGGUGCCAGGACACGUCCAGUCCGGCCCCGCGACACUACAACCAUCAACCAGAACAAUGGCCCUCAAAGGAGCACAUACACUGGAGCAGACAAUGACGGCAACGGCUUGAAGGCUGACCCAUUGUGCCUUCAGGUGGAUAUUCCCGGAAGACCAUGCCGGACCUCUAUGGUCAUUAGGUUGCCCGUGAGGAGGAAGAUCAUGAAGUACGCGAAUGUGGGAUCAUAA